AUGCCGCGGCCGUCGGGUGGUUCGGUUCAUGGUCGCAUCGGGGGCCGCAUGCACAAGAACCUGCGGGUCACAGCGCUUAAUUGCCCCUGGAGAUUCGCGGUAGUGCCAGGGGUCGCGAUUGUUUCAGCGGCUACUGAUGCAGACUCGGCAGCCCGGAACCAACCAAAUGAAUGGCCAGCAUCGUUCCAGCGACGACACAUGGGAUCUGCUUGGGGAUUCCAUGACCCCACUGACACCCAAUGGAACUGUGAACAAUCGCCAGUCAAGCGCGGGAGCGGCGCAGCUCAAUUUGCUCUUGAGGUUGUUCCGCACUCCCGGGCCAGAAUCGCGAAUCAUGCAAGGACGAUGUGCAUCCAGUUGCUUUCCUGCUCGCUGACCGCUGCAGCCAUGCGGUUUCAAGUUGGCCGCCCCCAGGCAGUGAAAGGCCCUGGCAUGCUGUUGGUUCUGAGAUGCAGCGACUUCAUUCAUCAUCCAGGCGAUGACAUGGAGCCCGAGAUCAAGCAAGCGACCCAGCUCCUCCAAGCCCAGCGGGCUGUCGACCGUGAUGGGCAACCGCUCUCAUGGGUCCGGAACCGCCUGUCGUCCCAGGCCGGCACCGUAUACACGGCCCGCGAGAUUAACAAAGUCCUCUCCGAGGUCGUCGAAUCCGAUGGAUCUCUCGGUGUCGUGAAGGCACUCCUGGCCCUCGGGGCUGACGUCAAUUUUGUCCGCCGAAGACACUCGACGACCUGGAACAAAAUCACACAACGCAACAUGCCCGGGGAGAGAAACAAUAUCCUCCUCCGAGCUGUCAUCCGAUGUCGACCCGAGACCGUCCAUGCGAUCGCUGCCCACGCCGACCAAGCCAACCUCGAUAGCGUCCUUCAUGAAGCGAUAACCAGGGGGAAUUUGGCGGUUGUGGCUGCGCUGUUGGAGCAUGGUGCGAGCCCGGUCCAUCUUCACGACGAUUUUCAGGAGGUAGUGUUCCAUGAUCGACAGGACCUCCUCAAGGUUCUUCUCUCCGGCCAUCAUCUCCCCUGCCUGGCCUGCCGUUCAACGGGCCUUCGGAUCGCCGUCGAAAACCGCUCGGUCGAGGUCGUGCGUUUGCUUUUGGAGCACUGGGCAGAUGUCAACUACGGCGACGCCGUUGCACUAACAAGGGCCGUCGAAAUAUCCCGCCCUGAUCUCGUCGCCCUCCUUUUAUCCGGUGCGGUUCAACCCUCCUCUCGGUCCCUCGAUGCUGCCGUGGGCAAGCUCCGUCCAUUGCUCGGAGAGUACGAUACUGGCUUGAACCAGGAAAUGCUCGAGUUAUGCUUGGCUGCAGGUGCUACUGGGCCUGAGACGGUCCGUUUGGUAACUGAAGGCCUCAUCGAGCUUGUAAGGCGACGACGUAUUGACCUCAUUGGCAUUAUCCUACGGUACAAGAAGUCGCCAGGCCAGUACGAAGCCGCUGCUUUGAUCGAGGCGAUUCGCGCCGAGCAACUGGACGUUGUCGCCAAAUUACUCGAGUUUAAACCUUCCCAAACGAGCCUCACCAUUGCAAUCUCGCAAACCGUCGGCGUUGGCGGCCCACAGUUCAGAUACGAAGCAACUCGCCUACUUGUUCAGUCGGGCGCACGGGGCGCCUGUGCCGGAGAAGCACUAGUUAAGACUGUUCACUGCCUGGUGGCCAACAUGAAACGCCGGGACAAGAUGGGCAUUGAGCGGGAUAUGCGGCUUUUCUACCUCCUGCUCCACGAAGGAAAGGCAGACGUCAACUUUGGGAAGGGGGAGGCUUUGCAGAUCGCGGUCCGAUCGGGGUCUGUCGAAGUCUCCGAUGAGAUUUUGGCCAAAGAGCCCUCGCCCGACUCACUAGGCACUGCGUUGGGGUGGGCGAUGGAUGUCCGCGAUGCGCGCAAGAAGAAGUUGCUGGUCGAAAUGCUCGUUCGCCGCCAGAUCAACGAGGAUGCAGCUGGGAAGGCGCUUGUAACCAUCCUGAAAACGGAACCAGACCAAGCGGAGAUCGUUGAGCUACUACUGACCCGUGCAUCCGUGAAUUACAACAACGGUGAGGUCUUUAUUUACGCCAUCCGGAAUUUCCGGCAAGAAACAUUCCAUCUGCUGCUCGGCCAGGGGCUUGGUUACAAAGCUCUGUUUACCGCUGUUUUGGAGUCGCUGAAAGCACCGAGGGAAGAUCGCCGGCUCCUUUUCAGUGACUUGCUGAGUCGGUUGCAAGUUGAUCACCUUAACACAGCACUUAAGCACGUUGUGCUUGAAGACGACACGGACCUAGACAUGGUGAGGUUGCUGCUUGACUCGGGCGCCGAAGCCGCACUCGAGGACGGGUUGUGCAUCAAGUACGCCGCCUCUACCCUCGACCACGACUUGCUCAGCCUCUUGUCAGCAUACUUGGGCCAUCAUAGCACCAUCUACGGCCAAGCAUUGGCAGCCAUCGUCAACCGUGGCAAACACUGGAUCUCCUUCGAGCAUGUGGAAGUGAUCGACAUUCUCCUUCAACACGGCGCCUCGGGGCCCAUCGCGGGCAAAGCAAUGGUGGAGAUCGUCGACCAUCUUGCGUGCCAGGAAUCUCAAGCCGAGCUGGCAGACACGUUCCUGCGCAGAAUGUUCGCCGCUAACAUCGAUGUCAACUACGAGAACGGCAAGGCCAUCAGCAUUGCAGCCAGCCGCGGGGACCCUGCUCUCUUGACGCUCUUACUAACCAAUGGCGCUACCUCUUCUUCAGCAACCCUCGCUCUUACGGCAGCCAUCAUGGCACAUCACGAAGAGUCACGGCUGUUGGAACUAAUAAGCAUCUUGACGGAUGCACGCACCACAACCCCGGAUUUCAACAAGUCGAUCCCAGGAAUGCCACCCCCGAUCUUCCAGUGUCUCAAGUCAUAUGGCGACUCCGUACCUGUACUCGAUAGUUUGGUUGCAGCCGGAUGCCGACUGGAAACAACCGUUCCCAUGCAUGUAUUCUCUCAUCAUGCGCGCGAUAGAGAGGACAGAGUGGUGAGUUCCGAGUUAGAGCCCGCCUCGGUUCUCAUGUGGGUCUUGCUUCAAGAAGAAGGCCUCGUCAGCUUGACCGUCCUCAAGUCGUUGAUCCAUCACGGUGCCGAUAUUUCGUACACCACGCCACGGUCACGAACCACGCCACUUUUGGUCGCGGCGAAGUCUGGGCGCGUUGACAUUGUGCGAAUACUCAUAGAAUCGGGCGCAAGGGUCUCGGCCAAAGAUGCUCUUGGCCACUCGGGGCUAUUCUAUGCCUCGCGGUCUGGGAAUACUGACCUUGUGGAGCUUUUGCUGGAGAGUAAACCCGUUGUGAACGACGGAAGCUUCCACGAGGCCGCCCGCGGGUUCCAUGUUCCGGUGAUGCAGCUUCUCUUAGAGUCUGGCCAUGACCCGAACUUCCGGUCGAUUAAGCAUGGCGGUCGGACAGCCCUUGGAGAAAUUGCCUUGAAGGCUACUCCUCCGACCGACAUCGCCGCGGCCGAGGAGGCACUUGACCUUCUCUCCACGGUGGAGGCUAGCCCGUUGCUCAAAGUCCAUGGCAAAACGGUAAUUUUCCUCGCCCUGGAUAACGAGCACAAUGAAGCCAUCACUCGACUUCUUCUUGAGCGGAUGCUUUACAAAACACUCAACAGCCACGAAAACACGUAUCAACACGGCACCCUGCACUACUCACCCACGAUGUAUGUCGCGAAGGGGAUUCUCCUGGGUACCCCGUCCGAGUCCCUCUUGCAACUUCUCAUGGCACACGGGUCCGAGGAUCGAUUUUAUGCCACCAUCGAAGAAGUCCAGCCCCACGACGCCGUCGGGCUUCCUGAGGAGAUCCGUGAGUACGAGCGUGACCGGCGUGCCCGCGAGCGCCAAAAGCGUCUAAUAGAGGAAGAUCACGCCAACACGAUCCGACGGGAACGUGAAAAGGCGAUCGCCCUGGCGCAGCUCGACGAAGACAAGCAUCACCGCAAAAUCCAGCAGCACGAAGAUAUUUCUCUCCAACGCCAGCGCCACCGCGGGCUAGAGCAUCACCAAACCAUCCAAAUGCGCGCCGAGAAACAUCACAACGACUCCCAAAUUAAACUCGGCGCUGCCGACGUGAAUUCGAGCAUCCGUUGGCAGAAGCACACCGAUGACCUCUCCAUGCUCGCCCAGAAGCGCGAGGCGGACCUCUCCCACCGAUACCACUCUCACCAACAACACCUCGGCCAGCGGCGCGACAAAAUAGCGCUUGAAAACGAGGCGAAAGACCUCCGCCACGCCCGGAGCCUGGCGCACUUGCGCGAGAUGCAGCAGCAAAAAUUCCAGGGGCGCGAAGCCAAGAACUUGCAGCAGCUGACGUACGAAAACCAGAAGAUGAUCCAGGAGUACGAGGCGAUGCACAAGCGGAAACAGCUCGAGCGGGAUGUUAAGCUGAGCGGGGCGCGCGAGAAGCACGAGAUGAAGAUGACGGAACUGAAGACGCAGAGGGGGAAUAUCAUUGGGCAGGUGAACCUGGAGGAGUUGAGGCGGUGGCAGGAGAGUGAGAAGAACAUGAAGUCGGGGUUGACGCCGGCGGAAGGGCAGGGGAGGUUGUUGGUGUAA